GGAAAUCGCAGCCCUCACAUGAACAAGCAUGAGAGACAAAAGGAGGGAGGAGGCCGGAAUCAAGCCGACAGGGCAUGUGUCUUAGCAGCAGCCGAGCUGAGGCAUGCUUCCACGAGCUUAUUAAAUUUUAAAGGGAUGGUGCCUGGAAUGCAUGCUGGGGAGGCAGGGGGAGCCGGCUUGGCUCCGUGCCCCUCUCCAGGACUCUUGUUUGUUGUUCUCCGGGCUUGGCGGGGUCUGGCUCCGGCGGGAGGAGGGCGGCCAGCCACAUCCUCCGCUGGGGAGUCCCCGUGGCGGGAGCCCGCUCCUUGGUGGCCGGGGUGCCGUCGGGGAGUUGUCCACGAGGAGCCUGGGGGAAGAUUAUUUGGAAAUUAGGGAAGAUUAUUGGGGGCCACGUUCCUAAGGGCAGCGGGUCUACUCGACUGGCGCCCCGAGGAUCACAGAUUGGACGGGCAAUGUGGAGAUCCCACUGAACUGGACCCUGAGGAGGUCCCAAUUAAUGGAUUCUGACAUGGAUUAUGAAAGGCCAAACGUAGAAACUAUCAAGUGCGUCGUGGUUGGAGACAACGCAGUGGGCAAGACCCGGCUCAUUUGUGCCCGUGCCUGCAAUGCCACGUUGACUCAGUACCAGCUUCUUGCCACUCACGUGCCCACCGUCUGGGCCAUUGACCAGUAUCGCGUUUGCCAGGAGGUAUUGGAGCGCUCCCGAGAUGUGGUGGAUGAUGUUAGUGUAUCCCUGAGGCUUUGGGAUACCUUUGGAGAUCAUCAUAAGGACAGGCGCUUCGCUUAUGGAAGAUCUGACGUGGUCGUAUUAUGCUUCUCUAUUGCCAACCCCAACUCCCUGCACCACGUGAAGACCAUGUGGUACCCCGAGAUCAAGCACUUCUGCCCCCGAGCACCUGUCAUCCUUGUUGGCUGCCAGCUUGACCUUCGCUAUGCCGACCUGGAAGCCGUGAACCGUGCCAGGCGACCCUUAGCAAGACCAAUCAAACCCAAUGAAAUUCUCCCACCAGAGAAGGGGCGAGAGGUCGCCAAAGAACUGGGGAUCCCUUACUAUGAGACCAGCGUAGUCGCCCAGUUUGGCAUCAAGGACGUCUUUGACAAUGCCAUCCGAGCGGCCCUCAUCUCCCGCCGGCACCUCCAGUUCUGGAAGUCCCACCUGCGCAAUGUCCAGAGGCCCCUGCUCCAGGCCCCCUUUCUGCCCCCUAAGCCGCCUCCCCCCAUCAUCGUCGUCCCCGACCCUCCUUCUCACAACGAAGAGCGGCCGGCCCACCUGCUGGAGGACCCCUUGUGUGCCGACGUCAUCCUGGUGCUGCAAGAGCGGAUCAAAAUCUACGCGCACAAGAUCUACCUCGCCACCUCCUCCUCCAAGUUCUACGACUUGUUCUUGAUGGACCUAAGCGAGGAGGCGGCGGCGGCAGGGGGCGGCCCCCGAGGCGGUGCGGCCGAGCGGCCCCUUCACCAGGAGGAACGGCAUCAUCACGGGCGGGAAUUCCUCCUGCGGGCGGCUAGCUUCGAUAUCUGCGAGAGUGCGGAGGAAGCGGCCUCUGGCCAGCAAAAACCGUGCCUUAGAGCCUCCACCAGCGACGGGAUUUUACGGGGCAGGAACUACGGGGAACGAGGGCUCAAGCGGGGCCGGGUCCUCUCCUCUUGGAGCCGUGCCUUUGUCAGCAUCCAGGAGGAGAUGGCAGAUGACCCCGUGACCUACAAGCCCCGGCUGAUGGUGGUGGUGAAGAUGGACCCUUCCAUCCAGCUGGGGCCCUUCCGAGCGGUGCUCAAAUACCUGUACACCGGGGAGCUGGACGAGAACGAGAGGGACCUCAUGCACAUCGCCCACAUUGCGGAGCUGCUGGAAGUCUUCGACCUCAGGAUGAUGGUGGCGAACAUCCUGAACCACGAGGCGUUCAUGAACCAGGAGAUCACCAAAGCCUUCCACGUCAGGAGAACCAACCGUGUUAAGGAGUGCCUGGCCAAAGGGACCUUCUCAGACGUCACCUUUCUACUGGACGAUGGUGCUAUCAGUGCCCACAAGCCCUUGCUCAUCUCCAGCUGCGACUGGAUGGCUGCCAUGUUCGGAGGCCCGUUUGUGGAGAGCUCCACCCGUGAGGUGGUGUUACCGUACACCAGCAAGAGCUGCAUGCGGGCUGUGCUUGAGUACCUGUACACCGGCCAGUUCUGCUCCACAUCAGACCUCGACUACAUGAAGCUCAUCAUCUUGGCCAACCGCCUGUGUUUGCCACACCUGGUUGCUCUCACAGAGCAGUUCACAGUGUCGGGUCUGAUGGAGGCUACGCAGAUGUUGGUGGAUAUCGACGGAGACGUCCUCGUGUUCCUGGAGCUGGCUCAGUUCCACGGUGCCUACCAGCUUGCUGACUGGUGCCUUCAUCACAUCUGCACCAACUACAACAACAUCUGUCGCAAGUUUCCUCGGGAGAUGAAGGCAAUGUCAGCCGAGAACCAGGACUACUUUGAGAAGCAUCGAUGGCCUCCAGUCUGGUACUUGAAGGAGGAGGACCACUAUCAGCGGGCCAGGAAGGAACGAGAGAAGGAAGACUACCUCCACCAGAAACGGCAGCCUAAAAGGAGGUGGCUCUUCUGGAAUGCCUCCUCCCCAGCCCAGUCGCCUGCCUCCUCGGCGGCCACAGCUUCCUCCUCCUCUUCUUCCUCCUCCUCUGCUGUGGUUUGAGAGAUGCGCUGACCACCGUUCAGGGCCUCUUGGGAGAAGGGGCCAAGCCAGCAUCUGGUUCAAGAGGCUUGGAAGACGCCACCAGCUACAUUCUCCGUGGAGAGAGAAAGCAAGCAUGCCCAUCCCUGGGAGGUUGGCGAGGACCUGCACAGGUGGGGCUCAGGAGCCAGAGCUCCAUGCAGCCCAUCUCAUCCAGAGCUCCAUGCGGUCCUGAUCCCUGCCUCAGCUGGCAUCGUUGCACAGGAGCCAAGAGGCUCCUACAAAAGGGCAGGCAGGCUGGCUUUUUGUUUUAAUAAGGGCCUCACUAAUCUAGCAGAACAAACCUCAACGUUUACAGGAAUGCCAGAGGGUUUUGUUUUGUUUUUUAAUUUAAAAAGAAAAUUCUGCUACAAGGAAGAUGCAGCAGUUCUGCAUUAUUUUUAAUGAGCUGGGUUGUUUUUUUCCUUUGCUAAUGGCAAAAAAAAAAAAGUGAUUGGGUACCUCCUAUUGGCCAUCCUUAGCACUAUGACAUUUCUAGUGAACUCUGUGCCCAGGAUUUUGGCUGGGCUGCUUUUGGCGACAGGUACCCUUUUGGUUGCACUUUUACCACCCUGGCUCUUAUCUCUGGGAUGUUUGCUUUCUGAAGGGCACAUAUCCUGUGAGCAACAGAUGGAUGUGGACCCUGUUGAUGAAAGGCAGGUCCUGCAGAAGUGGCUCCAGCCAAUAGAAGCUUCAGUCCAGUGCUGGAACUGAACUGCGAUAGGAAGGGGUUCUAGGCUGGAGAAGCCAGAUCUUCUGCUGAAUGAGAAUUCAGCCCAGAGAGGCUGAAAAGAUGCUGCUUUUCUUUUUCUUUCUCUCUAUUUUCUUUAUGUCUUUGGCUUGCAUACAAGGUGGCCAGACCACAGCUAAGUUACGAGAGUCUGGCAGAGCCUUUCCCACCCUGGUCUGCUCAGUUAGAUGUCUGGAAACGUUCUGCUUCUGAAAUGGAAGAUCCCAGCAGUUGACACUUUAUUUUAUUAAAAACAAACCAAUACACAACAAUUUGGAUUUCAGUGCAGAUGGUUCAGUUGUAAUAAAUGGUAUUUUAAAACGA